UUAUCCCACACACUUCUUGAUACGCCAUGGUCUGCAGCGCAUCGCCGUUUUUACGAAGCGCUCACGCCCAGGUGUGAUCGCACAGCAGCUUCCAGGUCUCUCAGCAGGGUAUAAAUGGCCAGCGGCCCUGACACCGCCUUUAUCACCCCAAACAAUGGCGAGCUCAACGCAAACCCCAUGCCUCACUUGUCAAAGACUUCGCAAGAAACGAUGUCCCGGGAUCACGAACAAUACAGGACCUUGUGACGAGUGCGCAAGACUCCAUCUCGAAUGUCUCGUUCCCGAAUUACGUCCUAGGUUCCGCCGUCCUGAGUGGUUCAAUGACAAUCAGAAAUUAACUCGAAGUCGAGAAGAAAUCAGAGCCUGGACAACCUCUAGGGCACCACGGGAGCCGCAUGAUAUUCUGGCACUUUCUGAGAUCCUUUCGAACACCUCCCCGGACCGGUGCCGCAAGGAAAUGUAGUGGGUUCUGGAUCCGGCCCAAGCAGCCAAAGCCCUGCGGAUGUAGUGCAACCUCAAACCGAUGAACCCGUGGUGUCCAGGAGGUCGGACUUGUCUUGGGUAAUGACGAAGACGAGGAUGCUGGAGACGCGCUCCAGGAGGUUGUUGACGUGCU